UUUUUAGUUGCUAUUAAAUUACACCAAUAAUAAUAAUAAUAAUAAAAGACAAAUAAAGCAUUUCCUUUUAUACUUAAGAAAAAAAAAAAAAAACAAACAUUUCCUUUUAUGAGUACUAAUUUGGAAAAGAAAGAAAGAAACAAAGCAGUAAUGAAAAUGGCGGUAAUCCUGAAAAUCAAUAAUAAGAAAAACCACUUUCUUCUUCUACUCUCUCUCUCUUUCUCUCGUAGCUCUAGCUCUACCUCCUCCUCCACCCCCGCCUGGUACGCCUGCAACUCCUCCCCUCCUACUCUCUCUCACUCUCACCAUCCCAAUCCCGAUCCCAUACUCCUCUCUCUCUCCCAAGCUAUCAACAGCACCCAAACAAAGUCUCUUGACUCAUCACUCAACUCUCUUCUCCCUUCUCUCACUGCUUCUCACUUUAUCGACCUCAUCACCUUCAACCCCUGCUCUCUCUCCCCACACUCUCUCCUCUCCUUCUUCAAUUGGCUGUCUUCCCGCUCAACUUUUCGCCAUACCCUCCAUUCUUAUGGCGCCAUGGCUGGGUUCCUCUGCGCCAAUCGUAUGGUUCCAGAAGCUCAAUCUCUGCUGCGCUUCGUUGUCUCUCGCAAGGGGAAGGAUUCCGCUUCCUCCGUUUUCGCUGCUAUUGUUGAGAGUAAAGGUAUCUGUUUUCAACAGAGUGGUGUGUUUGAUUCUUUGAUUAAGUUUUAUAUCGAUUGUGGGUUUGUGUCAGAUGCAAUUCAGUGCUUUAGAUUGGUUAUGAAGCAUAAAUUUCGUAUCCCAUUUCGUGGUUGUGAGUAUUUGCUUGGUAAAGUGAUGAGGUCAAAUUCAGCUGAGUCUGCUUGGUUGUUUUACUCUGAGAUUUUGGACUGUGGUUAUCCUCCUAAGGUAUGUAGUUUCAACAUUUUAUUGCAUAAAUUUUGUAGAGAAUGUAAAAUUAUGAAAGCCCAGUUACUGUUUGAUGAAAUUACCAAACGGGGUUUGCACCCAACUGUUGUUAGCUUCAAUACUUUGAUCAAUGGAUACUGUAAAUCAGGGAAUUUAGAGGAGGGAUUUAAGCUGAAGAGAGUUAUGGAGGAUAGUGGUGUAUCUCCUGAUGUUUUUACUUACAGUGUUUUGAUUGGUGGGUUGUGUAAAGAGAGCAAGUUAGAUGGUGCAUGUGAGUUGUUUGAAGAAAUGUCUAAGAGUGGUUUGGUUCCAAAUAAUGUAACUUUUACUACCUUGAUUAAUGGGCACUGCAGAAAUGGAAGAAUUGAUUUGGCUAUGGAGGUUUAUAAGAAGAUGCUGGGCAAAGGUGUCAAGCCUGAUUUGAUUAUGUACAAUGUGCUCAUAAAUGGUUUUUGCAAAGAUGGAAAUGUGGGUGAAGCUAGAAAGCUCUUACAUGAGAUGAAAAUGAGAGGUUUGAAGCCUGAUAAGAUCACUUACACUACGAUAAUUGAUGGGUGUUUCAAAGAGGGUGAUCUAGAAACUGCCGUGGAGAUUAGGAAGGAAAUGGUAAAGGAAGGAAUCGAGCUUGAUAAUGUAGCUUUCACCGCCCUUAUUUCGGGAUUAUGCAGAGAGGGAAGAAUCAUAGAUGCAGAAAUUACACUGAGGGAGAUGUUGAAUGCUGGCAUGAAACCUGAUGAUGCUACAUAUACCAUGGUCAUUGAUGAGUUUUGUAAGUUGGGGGAUGUGAAAAUGGGAUUCAAAUUGCUGAAGGAAAUGCAGAGAAAUGGCCGUGUACCAGGAGUUGUAACGUAUAAUGUUCUUAUGAAUGGUUUGUGCAAGAAAGGUCAGAUGAAAAAUGCUCAUAUGCUCUUAGAUGCUAUGCUUAAUUUGGAAGUGGUUCCUGAUGACAUAACAUACAAUAUUCUUUUACAAGGGCAUUGCAAGCUUCGAAAUCCAGAGGAUGUUGAUAAACUACGAAGUCAGAUGGGGCUUGUUUCAGAUUAUGCUUCAUAUACUUCACUUGUUGGUAAAAUUAAAUAAUCAUUUAAACUGUAACUUGGGACUCACUAACAAAAUCGAAGGUGGUUCCCUUUUUGCUUUUUCUCUCUUUGUAUGAUCAAGUGAUAAAAGCUGAAGUUCUUUUCAUUGUGGAGAACUGUUAGUUUAAAUUAGGUAUGGGCUUGAGAACAAGAAAACAGAAUGAACAAUUAGCUGGUCUUGGCUACACCCCUAUACUUUCCAUUUGUGUAGCUCUAGACAGGUGCGUAUUUCAAACUCUUUUGCUGGGAUGAAAUUUAGCUCCCAAAAAUAGCAUACCCAAAUUAUAUGAAAGCCUAUGGAGGCUACAAUUACAGAAUUUACACUUUCAGAAAUUUUAUUUGCAUUAAUAUGUAAAUAAAUCUUAUUUCUUAUUCUGGACAAAUUGUUUGAAAUAAAUAUGUAUUGAUUAUAGUUUACUCUAGCUUAA